GAGCUUUUGUUGACUCACUUCUAAUCCCAGUUCCUAUUUAGCGCAUGUUACUAACUACAUUAAAUAAAUGCUCUUUUAGGACACAACGCACGAGUGAGAAAGAAACACCAGAAGUUCAAGAUUAAUUCUCCUCUUUUCUCUCCACUAAUUGAUUCCUUCAAGAUUCAAUCUUUUUCCUCUGCAACUCAAUUUAAGUAUAUUUCUGAUUCACUUCCGACGUGCACAAGCAUGGCAGGGAAAGCAGAUGACGUCAGCAUCUCUAUUUACGGAGAGGAAGAAGCUUUUGUACUAAUGAAGUCCCAAAUGCGAUCUCCAAUUCCUCAACCUACUGAGCCUGAUAAAGCCACAGAGCCAUUUUCCACUAAGCCUCCUCAAAUCCAACUAACAAAUUCAGUCGUUCAAAGAAAAUCUUCCCCAACCAGGUCUUUGUCUUCGAAGCCCCUUUAUAAUAAUAAUGAUAAUGAUAAUUCUACGCUGCCAAAAGUGGAGUCGCUUGGAUCACCACCAUCACUAGAAAAGAAUAAAGAUAAUGGUAAAAAUCCUAACGGACGUAUCAACUGGAAAUUGUUGAUACUCUUUAUCGAGUCUACUGUAUCUGUUUUUGCUAUAGGCCUUUCUAAAUAGCUAGCUUGACAGCUGAUAAUGGCAAAACCCUAGAAUUGGGGAUUUUGGAGAUAUGGAAAUGGUGCC